AUGAACCCGAAUCCGCUCGCCCUCCUCCUCCUCUUCAUAGCUUUCGCCGUGGUAGACGCCUACUACACUCUCACUGUCUUCGCACCAAAGGCUCCUCAGAUCCACGCCCGUGUCAUCAACGCUCGGAACAGGGCCUUCAUCAUCGGUGCUUCGCAACCCAGUACUUUUUGUGGUCUUGAUAAUGCGACCGAGUGUCCCGAUGGAAAGUCUACACAAGUCAAUGCAAACAUGACGGGCCUCGCAGCUGCAGUUCCGGGUGGCCAAUUCAUCUUUGUCGCGUCCGACGGCAUAAUCUCGUAUCCUUCCCCGCACUCGGCUCUUCGUCCACCAGGUUCUCAAAUGGGUGGUUUUCGUCCCGCGCACGUCGUCUCGGAUUGCAAGAUGCCUGUCACGAUACUCAUGUGGUCGCCAGAGAACGACAGCCCGGGGCUCUGGGCUUGUCCGACAGCAAGAAACGUGCCUAUCAGUAAUGAAGCGGUCCUCAAGGCGACCACAGGCUUGUUCAAAGGAAAGGGAUGUUUGAAGGUCGAGGGUAUUGAGAUCCAGACUGCGGGAGACAAGUUUGCGGCUUGGGCUUAUACGUGA